UGGCCAGCUGUCAGAGACAGCGAACAUCUGUUCACACCGCACCGAAGCCUCGACUAGCCCCCUGAUAUUAAUUCGAGGCUGCCCCAUGGUACCUGUACGCGUAUUCGACACAGGUGAGGCGAACUUGCAGCAAACAGGCUUUGAUUGAGCUAUGCAACCAAGCGAUGCCCACGAUAGGUGCACCGCUCCGCAAAUGGACGCUCUUCCUGCUCCUCUUCUGCAGCAUACCGACAACUGCAGCAGCUCAGGCAGCGAAUGAGACGCAGUCAGUCGAGCCAGGCGCCACCGCUGCUGCAUCUGAGAGCUCCACAGCACAGCAUGCACCCACCUCGUAUCGGGCUUCGACUUCUCGAUCUCGCAAGUACAGCGAUACCGAGACCUCAUGUCCAUUCCGCACGAUAAACUACAUUACGCAUACGCUGCCGCAGCAAUGCGCGAAGACGAGCUGGUCGGCGCCGGGCGAGACCGCCUCCACGAGUGGAACGACUGCUGACGCAGGCGUCUCGCAGACAUCAAUACCCGGGCCAAGAGAAGGGGUCGAGGGCAACGCAGAGGAAGAGAGAGGCCGCGCAACCUCAAUAAUAGUCCCAGAGGCAGAGGAGACUGGCCAUACUGGAAGCGCAACGGACAGCGACACUGGAAGCGCAGAGUCAGAGGCGGAGCUGGAGACAGACUCGCCUUUUGACAACGCUAAUUUCCUCUCUUUUGAGGAGUGGAAGAAGAAGAACUUGGCCCAGAUUGGCCAGUCGCCUGAGAACGUCGGCCAAGGGCGUGCUGCUGCAUCAAACCAACCUGCACGAAGAAGACCCGUCAAUGUGAAUGCUCUAGACUCACUAGGUGAUGAUGCAGAGAUAGAGAUCGAUUUCAGCGGCUUCGGCACUCCAGCGGCGGGCGAGAACGUAGCGAAGAAUGCUCACUCGGAGACACGAGAUGCGGAUGCUACCAAAGCUACAGGAGACGGCAAGGUUGCGCCAAGUUCAUGGGCGCUCAGCAAAGAUGCGGGAAAGACAUGCAAAGAACGCUUCAACUACGCCUCGUUCGACUGCGCAGCUACCGUUGUGAAGACAAACAAGCAGGCGAAGAGCUCUUCCUCCAUUCUAGUAGAGAACAAAGACAGCUACAUGCUCAACGAGUGCUCUGCCGGGAACAAAUUUCUCAUUGUUGAGCUCUGCGAUGACAUCCUGGUCGAUACCAUCGUCCUUGCCAACUACGAGUUUUUCUCGUCCAUGUUCCGCCAUUUCCGUGUCAGCGUAUCAGACCGCUAUCCGGUGAAGCUGGAAAGAUGGCGGAUGCUGGGGACUUUCGAGGCGCGUAAUUCCCGUGACAUCCAACCUUUCUUGAUCACGGAACCACAGAUUUGGGCCCGGUAUCUGCGAAUUGAGUUUCUGACGCAAUUUGGCAAUGAGUUCUACUGCCCUCUUAGUCUGUUACGUGUUCAUGGUACGACUAUGAUGGAGCAGUUCAGACGAGAAGAGGAGGAAGCGAGGGGAGUGGACGAUGAUGAGGAGCUUGAUGAGGCUACUCAAGUGGAUCUUGUUAAGCCAGCUGAAGAUAGCGGGCCGUUACGACCCGAUCAGAUUCCGAUCCAACCAGCGAAGAUGGACAGCUCAAGAUCAGAGGUAGUCUCUAGUGACAAUGCAUCGCCCUCAGUUGUCCCUGAGGAUGCCAAUGCUAGAUCGACCCAAAUAUUACAACAGCCUCAAGCUGCUGAAUCGUCAGCUGCGCAAACAGCAGAAGCUACGCCCCCGAGCCAGCCAACUGAUGCGCAUGAGCACUACGCCUCUAUCACCACAGGGUCGUCACGCUCUCCACCAUCUGGCAGACCAAGCCCAGUCGAUAGUAAGAAGAAUACCACAGCAGUGGAUAGCAGCCAGCCUCCUGAACCGCCCUCAUCAACGAACAAAACUGAGUCUUCGCCACAAACUCCGAGCUCUGCAUCGAGUCCUUCAACCAUCACCAGGUCACCAGUAGUAUCGAGCAACGACGACGGAAUCAAACCGACCACCAAUGUUACGGCAUCCGCGCCUGCAGACAACUCAUCCGUCAAAGCUUCAAGCAACGGCACGGUCGCCAACCCACCCGCCCAAACGCAGUCGCGCGGCUCACCCACACAGCCUAAUGCUGCUGCCCCAUCAACACAAGAGUCGUUCUUCAAAUCCAUCCACAAACGCCUGCUAUAUCUCGAAGCCAAUAGCACAUUGUCUCUCAAAUACAUCGAGGAGCAGUCCCGCAUCCUACGAGACGCCUUCGUGAAGGUAGAGAAGAGACAAUUGGCCAAGACGGAAAAGUUUCUAGAUCACCUGAAUUCCACUGUCAUGCAAGAGCUCAAGAGCUACCGCAACAUGUAUGAUCAGCUAUGGCAGAGCACCAUCAUCGAGCUUGAGGGUAUGAAGGAGCGGCAGAAGUCUGAGAUGGGGGAGAUUGGCACAAGACUUAGCCUGAUGGCGGACGAGCUUGUCUGGCAGAAGAGGAUGGCCGUUGUACAGUCUACCCUUCUUCUCCUCUGCCUCGCCUUGGUUCUCUUUGUGAGAUCAGGUACGCUGGGCUCGGCAGCUGAUGUACCCAUCGUACAGCAACUGGGGAGUAAGUACACCAGCUUUUUUGAGUCGUCGCCGCCAAGGAGCCCAGCGACGUCUGGUAUGACUAGAAGGAGAAGCACAUUUAGGAAUAUGUGGCGAAGUGAUACGUCAGCUGGCUUGACCGAUCAUCAGAGUCACGAACAACAUGCUCUUUCCGACCCGGAGACAGAUGGCGCAAGGAGUCCUGGUGGCCAAAUCCAAUACAGCCCGCCUACACCGAACACGCCUGGUGCGUUAGGGGCACAUGAUGCAGUUGCGGAUGCGGGCGUCAACGGAACCAGCACUGAUUCAACCCAAGAGCAAGACGCCGAGUUUCCAACACCAAGCCCUGGCGACCAAGCGAGGCGCGUACAAGUUCUGGAAACCCAAUCGGGUCCCGCUACACCAAACGGUACACGCGAUAACAGACCCUCGUGGGAGGAAGUGGAUCGCGCCAUGGAUGAAUUGAAGGUAGAAGCACAGAAGACGACGACACCCAAAUCAAAGAAGAAGAAGAAGCGGUCUCAGCUGAGAAGGGCGCAAAGUAGCUAUGAUGGUAGGGUGGAUGACUCGGCUACGGAUGUUAGCAGGGGGUCACUUUAUAUGGAUUGAGCCAUUUUUCACUUUUACGGCGUUACUGGGUAAGUUUAUCUCUGAGCAUUGCAUGCCUCGGCGUUCAACUAGUCUACGGCAUAUGAGGCAUGGAGUUUCUGGGAGGCGUUUGGGAGCAUCAAACAACUAUUGGCUCUUUGUUAUGAAUUGUACAUAAUGAGCUUCACGAAUAUGUCAAUGUAGUCACAUCCUCAGUCAAUGCAAAUGAAGAUCUCAGAGAAAGCG